AUUUUCUCUACAGCUAGCUGCUGGGCACUAUUAAUCCUUUAGAACUCCUUGUAUCGAUAUUGCAUUUCACGACAUCCUUUGAUUGAUACCUGCUUGCUCAAUAUGUAUUUCGCUGCUGCUACGACUGUCUUGGCACUUGCUUCACUUGCUGCUAUCCCAGCUCGCGGUGCCGUCUUUAACGUCACUGUCGGUGGACCAGGCAUACUACGAUAUGAUCCCGAGUUCGUGACUGCACAAGCGGGAGAUCAGAUUGUCUUCACGUUCAAGCAAAAGAACCACACUAUCACACAGUCAACUUUUGCAAAUCCUUGUUCUCCCGCGCCUGGAGGUUUCGACUCUGGAUUUAUGCCUGUAGGUGAUGGGGUCACUGAGGGAUUCCCGUCCCAGACGGUCACGGUUGGAGACACCAAUCCUAUUUGGAUUUAUUGUAGACAGACUGGACAUUGCCAACAAGGAAUGGUAUUUGCUGUUAACCCUGGAGACAAGUUCGCCGCCUUCCAAGCUGCAGCAAAUGCAACGGGAAGUUCGACGACUACCGCUCCACCAUCUUCAACGACGGACGCGGGACAGACGACUCCGUCAGUUGUUACCGUAACAGAGACACUCACAGUCGGCGAUGGAAGCGCUGUCACUACGACUUAUGGCUCCUACCCUGGCUCCGCUCAGCCAACAAGUGCAACAUCUACUGACCACAAGAUCGUCGUUGGUGGACCUAAUCUUGUGUACAAUCCGUCCAAUAUCACUGCCCAGGCUGGAGACACUGUCACAUUCCAGUUCAUGGUAAAGAAUCAUACAGCAACGCAGUCGAGCUUUGGUGCACCAUGCCGCCCGCUUGGUGAGACCUCAACAACUGGCCAGACUGGGUUCAGCUCGGGAUUUAUGCCUGUUUCCGCAAACGCGACCGACUUCCCAACGUUCACCAUCACCGUGAAUGACACCGCACCAAUCUGGGUCUAUUGCAUGCAAGCAAACCACUGCGGACAAGGAAUGGUCUUCUCCGUCAAUGCAAUUGAGUCUGGGCCAAAUAACUUCGCUGCAUUCAAGACCCGCGCGAUGCAGAUAAACGGCACCUCUUCAUCAUCAACUGCGUCAGGUGCUGGUUCAUCACCAACAUCCUCAGCAUCUCGAUCAUUGCGUGUCCAAAGUAGUGCGGGUGCGGCGCUUGCAAUUGUUGCCUUUGCUGUUGGUUCCCUGCUGUAAUCAUCAUCUCACGGUUUUAUUGUUUCUUUAAUUGUUUUGUUGUCGCGAGGGCCGGUCCUCAUCUUCUGGGUUAUUUGAAAGGACAUUCGUAUUUAUUUAUUCGUAAUAAUGCGAUAAUGCUGUAUAGACGCUACUAGGCGAAGAAUCUUGCAUAUCUUGCUUCCUUGUCUCGAUAUAACGCUUAUACCAAUCCAACAGAAUAAA